AUAAAUGAAUUGGUGGAUGCCCGAGAUGUCACUAUUGGAUCCUGGUUCGAAGCUCAUAUAGAAAAUGUAACUCGAGCAACAAAAGGACAUAAAAAUGGAAAAGCUCAAGGAAAGAGUGGCAGUAAUUACAAAAGGACUAAUGGAAACUUGAGCCAAGAUCAUUCUAGAGAAAAUACAAAUAAUUUGGACAAUACACCUUCCACAUCUUAUACAGAUUAUAUGGAUACUGAAGAUAUUAUUUAUCGUAUCAAGUAUGAUGAAUACCCAGAAAGUGGCAUUGUGGAAAUGACUGUCCAUAAUCUGCGGCCUCGAGCAAGAACUAUUUUGAAAUGGAAUGAAUUACAUGUAGGUGAUAUGGUGAUGGUUAAUUACAACGUAGAGAGUCCAGAAGAAAGAGGAUUCUGGUUUGAUGCAGAAAUUACCUCUUUGAGGGAAAUUUCAAGGACUAACAAAGAGGCUUAUGCCAAAAUUAUGCUGGGGAGCCCAGAAGAUGUAAUAAAUGAUUGCAAACUAUGUUUUAUAGAAGAAAUAUACAAGAUUGAAAAACCAGGAGCAUAUCCAUUGACAUUUGCAGAUGGAGAGUUCAAAAGGAAGAGUGGUCCUGAAUGUAAACAUUGCAGAGCUGACCCAGAUAAAGAAUGCCGAUUUUGUUCUUGUUAUUUAUGUGGUGGAAAACAGGAUGCACACAUGCAACUUCUCUGUGAUGAGUGUAAUAUGGCUUACCACAUAUAUUGCCUGAACCCACCACUAAGCAAAAUACCAGAAGAUGAGGACUGGUAUUGUCCUUCCUGUAAAAAUGAUUCUAACGAGGUUGUAAAAGCUGGAGAAAAGCUCAAACAAAGUAAAAAGAAAGCAAAGAUGCCCUCUGCCUACACUGACAGCCAACGUGAUUGGGGCAAGGGCAUGGCCUGUGUUGGCCGUACUAAGGAAUGCACUAUUGUUCCUUCUAACCAUUAUGGACCUAUACCUGGUGUUCCUGUUGGAGCAACAUGGAAAUUUAGAGUGCAGGUGAGUGAAGCAGGUGUUCAUAGACCUCAUGUUGGUGGAAUCCAUGGACGUAGUAAUGAUGGAGCGUACUCCCUUGUGUUGGCUGGAGGAUUUGAAGAUGAAGUUGACCGAGGUGAUGAAUUUACUUACACUGGGAGUGGUGGAAGAGAUCUUUCUGGCAAUAAAAGAAUUGGGGAACAUUCAUUUGAUCAAACUUUAACACACAUGAACAGGGCCCUAGCUCUAAAUUGUGAUGCUUCAUUAGAUGACAAAAAUGGAGCUGAGUCUAAAAAUUGGAGAGCUGGGAAACCAGUUAGAGUUGUUCGCAGUUCAAAAGGUCGAAGGAUCAGCAAAUACGCACCAGAGGAAGGCAACAGAUAUGAUGGCAUAUACAAGGUGGUGAAAUAUUGGCCAGAAAUUGGAAAAUGUGGAUUUUUAGUUUGGCGCUAUCUUCUGAGAAGAGAUGAUGCUGAACCUGCACCUUGGACUACAGAGGGAAUUGAACGGUCAAAGAAAUUGGGCCUGAGUUUACAGUACCCAGAAGGCUAUUGGGAAGCUAUGGCGAAUAAAGAAAAGAAAGAUAAAGUAAAAAAGCAGCCUGUGAAACAGGAAUCAGUGGAACAGAGCAAUGGAAAUCAGAAAAGACCUAUUAAUGAUGACAAUAUAAAGCAACCUACAAACACAGCCAAAACGAUGAAGCUGAGUGAUGGAGGGAAGGGAGAAGCUUUUCAGCUAACGCAGGAACAACAAUGGUUGAUACAGGAAGACUCUCCAAACCAGAAACUUUGGGAUGAAGUUCUUAAAUCUCUUAAAGAAGGACCAAAUUUUUUGAAGAAACUGGAACAAUCCUUUAUGUGUGUUUGCUGCCAGGAGCUGGUUUAUCAGCCAGUGACCACAGAGUGCCUGCACAAUGUCUGUAAAAGCUGUUUACAGCGCUCUUUCAGAGCUGAAGUCUUCACCUGUCCUGCUUGCCGACAUGACCUUGGGAAGGGAUACACCAUGGUUCCCAACAAGAUACUGCAGACACUACUUGAUCAGUUCUUCCCUGGUUAUAGCAAAGGACGAUGAUAUGUAUUUGUAACCUUAUUCUCCAAAUGACUGAAUAAACAAAAAAAAGAAACCAUCUAGGAAAACAGUGGACCAGCCAGCUUAAGGGAAUUCAUAUUUACUAUCACAUUGUGAAGCCGCUAAUUCAACCCUCUUUCCCAUUUAGCAAUCUGUUGUGUAGUAACAAUUUCAAAUUCCCAACUUCCUUUUCACAAAGGUAGUUUUGAACAGAUGGCCAUUAGUUUGUAUGCAGGAAUAAAGGCUUUUCUUGGCUCUGGACAUGGUAGUAGCAGGUCUUCAGUUGUUUUUAUAACUACCUCAAAUGGAUAAAACAAAUUUGGGGGAAAGUUUAACAACACAUCUAAUGAAGUUUAGCUACACACUGCCUCCUGAGCAUUAGUUUUGCCUGGUCCAUGCAAUUUGAUUUUGCAACAAGAAAACAGCACAUAAAAAGCCAGUUUUAUCACAGAACAUCAAAUGCUGUGGUGUGCAUAAUUCUUUAUUGUGUUUCCCCUCCUGCUGUCUUUCUUACUCUUUUUGCAACAACAAGCUUUUAGUCUAUUUUUGUGAGCGUUAUUGUGCUCUCGUAUCUUCUGCAAGUUGACUACUAAGGACUGAGAAUAAUAUGAAUGCAUUGUUGCUGUUGAUGUAAAGUGAUUUGUGUUUUUUGCACUUAGAGGGUUUUCAAGACACUCUUAAUUGUGUAAAAACUAUUUCAUAUAAAACAAGCCACUUUUGUAUUAGGUAAAAUUGUUUGCUUUUAGUAGGUCUUGUAUUAGUGGCAAUACAUCUUAUACAGCAUUGAAAGCAGUGCUAGCUUGGAGAGGGCUCAAAUUGCUUCAUAUUGUGAUCUGAAAUUUUAUAUACAGUAUAUUCCCCACCCCUGAAUAUACUUAUUAAAUAUUUUAUGAUUCA